CCGUCCACCGCGUGUCGGUUGCUGCGGGCAACCAGCGGCUGAAGGUAAGGGGGAGCCAUGGAGCGGCAGAAAGCAGCCCGGGACUUCAGUCGGUUGGUGGAGGACAGCAAAAAGGAAAUUGAUACAGUGCAAAUUGCCUUAGAGAAACUACGUGGACUCUCUCAAGAUGACAAAACAGAAAAUGCCUUGUUACGAUCUCGAAUAGAUGAACAGUCACAACUCAUCUGCAUCCUAAAGCAUCGAGCAGAUGAAUUCUUAUUGCGUUGCCAAGCUUUGGAGACAAUUAAUACUGAGCUGGAGAACCAGCACAAGGAUCUCAAGCAACAAUUAGAGAGCCAACUCAAGCAGUCAGCUCAGCUAGAAGCACGAUUCAUGGACCUGGCAUUCAAUCACCAAGAAAUUAUCAAAUUCAAGGAUGAAUAUAAGAGUCAGAACACGGAGCUCAGAAAGCAAAAUGAAAAACUCCAGAGAGAGAAUGAAAGUAUUUUCUGUAAAGCCCUGGGUCAGAAAGAUGAUGAAAUAUUGAAGCUCUCUAAUGAGUUGGGAAAAUGUUUAAAGCAAUGCAAGGCACUCGAACAGGAAUGCAAUGACAUAACACUGAAUUUACAGAGAAAAGAAAGUGAGUUCUUGGAGCAGAAAACCAGCACAGAGAAAUUUUAUCUGAAUGAAGUGCAAUCAUUAAGAGCAAAGCUGAAAGAAUCAGAAGAUCGAUGCAAUGUGGCUGAACUGAAGCAGAAAGAAGCUGAAGAAAACAGAUGUCAUGAAGAAACAGAACUUCACCAUAAAUUGCAUGAACUGUCCAAGGAGAAGGAAGAACUUCUGACACUUUCCAUGCAGCGAGGGAAAAUAAUACAGGACAAAGAAAAGAAUGUUCAGCAACUGGAGGAGAAAUUAAGAUUAGCAGAAAAAGCAAGACAGGAAGCAGAAGAUCGGUUUCAAUAUGAAUCUGCAGUGGUAAAUUCAAAUGUAAAAGUCAAGGAGUUACAGCAACAGUACCAAAAAUCUCGAGAGGCUUAUGCUGACUUGGAAAGGGUAAAAGAAUUUGAAGCUUUCAAAAAGCACAGCAAUGACCUGCUAACUAAAGAAAUGGAAGUGAACGAAAAAAUACGUCACCUGAUUGACUGAUGCCAAAUUUCUACACAUUUGUAUUUUACCUUGCAUUUUACAAUAAGUUGACUAAAAUUGUUCUGUGUACGAACGGUUAUAGUGACCUAGUUUUGCAAGUUUAUUUCCUCCAUGCAAAUACUAUACGUAACAGGUAAAAUGCAGUUUUGGGGUCUUCAGAUGCGGUCUUUCCUAUUUUUGUGCUGAAACCAAUCAUUGUGGUUCCUAUUGCUUGGUCACUGCAGAAAACUAUUCAUAAAGCAAUAGAAAAUGAAAAAUAUGUUCCAAGCUCAGCAAGUCUCAGUCUAAAGAUGUGGUGAGUGUAAGAAUUUUCAAUCGGAAGAUAAGCUGUUAUUUGAAUGAGAAAAGUUGUAUUUUUAUUGCAAAACUUGAUUUGAAAGCAAGUAUUCAAGUUGUUAUUUGUUUUAAAUUAUGUUCUUUAAGGGCAGGAAAGAAUUUAUCCCAUGCACCUGUAGUUUUACUGUAAUACUAAUUGCAUGGAAAAACCUAAUACAGGUAGGUUUUACAAAUUCACCUGCUGUUUUAUCCACAUAAAAUACUGCAUCCUGCUUAUCAUUUUAGACUCCAAUGGAUUUUUCCCUCCACAUAUCUAUCUACAAUAAUACUUGUAUUCAAUUGAUCUACUACAACAGGAACAUUUCAUUUUAGCUAUAAAUACCUCUUAUUAACCAAUAUGCAAGUGUAAAAAGCUUAUUUAAUUCCACGGAUGGCAAUGGAACUAAAUAUCAGGCAAUGUAUAGAAUGGGUAGCUGUCCAUUUUGCCACACCAUCUCAAAUGAAUUUCAAAGUCUUGACCUUUUACACAGCAAGGCAUAACAUUUUCAGAACUCAAAUUUACAUCACUGCAAAGUAUCUUGCAGCCAGAACCAAUAACUUCAAGGCCUUUUGACCUACCAGCAAAAAGUCUUCCUUUUCAAUUUUCAUCAUGUGCUUCAGCAUUUGCAAUCCGGUUGCCAGAAGUGGCAAUACGCAGGAGGCCUGAGAACAACUAGUUUGUUUGUUUUACUAGCAAAAAGCCCUGCACCUAAUGCAGGCACAAGCGUUGCUUGACACAUUUGGAAGCAAUUCAGAAAUUCAGGGCAACGGACUGGAGAUGGAUUUCCUUGUAGCAACUGGAAGUGAGAAGAGGAAAACAGGCACCAAAAUAACCUUCAAAACAGAUAUCAAAAUUUUGUUAAUGCUUAAAAGUAGGUAGGUACUAUACAUUAUAAAACCUGGAACACUUCAGUUGAGUUAGAAUCUCUUCUAUAUUCUCUUAAGUCAGUUAAGGUGGAAUGGUGUUCCUAGAGCAGGUAAAUCAAUCACCGUGCAGUCACAUCUGGUGGAAAAUAAUUUGCGACGAAAAAAAAAAGGUUCAACUAUGAUGUUUCACAAUCAAUAGCCUGGUAAUAAUCACAAUAUAAACUCAUAACUAGUCAGGUUUCUAGUAGUCAAAUCUUACUUUAGCAUGCAGUGUUCCAGAAAAGUGGGGUUUGUUAAACAGGAGUUAUGCCAGCUAGCUGCUGGGCAGAAUGGCAGUUCUGGUAAAGUAAAAAAUAGAAAAUAAAUUCUGUUGUGGGCAUAUCUUAUUUUGUGAACUGAAAUGGUCGCUAACCAAGAUACUUUUGUCAAUAGUGGAAAUAGUACCAAAAUGAAAACAACACAAUUUGCUGGAAAGUCUCAGCAGGUCUGGCAGCAUCUGUGGAGAGAAAUCAGACAAUGUUUUGGGUUCAGUGACCUUUCUUCGCAACAGUCCUAAAGUAGAUUAGGCCUAAAAGUUGGAGGCGGAUAGAAAUGGUCUCCAAUCAUGGUCACAACAUUUGCAACAGACAAUUCUAGGAGGAUCUCUGCCACAGGUGGGUUUAGGAAGUUGUUGCAGUUUGCCAGAGUAGAGUAAUUUCUAACUUAAGAAUGUGUAUUGUCAUAACACCUAUCCAUAGUCAAGCAGAUACAUUAUUCAGCUAAGUGCUGUGGAAGAAAAUUGUGCAGUAAGCUAAUAGUGUGGCUUACCAUUCUAUUUUCUUCCCAUUCUACCUGGAUUAAACUUGUGAAACUUCUGAAUUCCACUAAGUGGAACUUCCAAUUGUGUGUAGUCUUGUUUUGUCCAAAAAUACAUUCAACAUAGUCAAAUGAUAGUACUGAUUCUUCAAGUAUCAAUCUGGCCCAAUGGAGGUCAUAAAGACUAGUGGUAAAGCACCUUGUCUGAGGAGAUUGAAACUGUGAAAGAAUACAGUCUGUACAUUUUUAAAACUUAACAUUCAUCCUUCAACAUCCUGAAAUGAGGAAGGGUAUUGGUUAUUAUAGACUGGUCACAGGUCUCUUGGAAGGAAUAAUUGUUUAUACAGCAUCACUUCUAGCAAUACCAUUGAAUUAAUGUAUUAUUCCAUGACAUUUGCCACAAUUGGCAUGAGCCACAAGUAGUUGUCUACCACACUGCCUGCCCAAGGAAGUCAACAUGUUUGACAUGCUGUUAUGAAACAUCAAGGGGUCCAGAAUUAACAUUAAGGACAUGCAGGCCUAAUUCCAUCCAACUACAUACCACUUUGCCAUCACAUCUGAUCUUUUCCUCGUAUUGGGAGUCAUUUCCACAAUUGGUUUGAAGACUCCAACAUUGGCCAGAAUGUUGGAUUUGGUACAUUCCCAUGAGGCUGUUGCAAGCUUAGUUUGUAAGAAUAUGUUCAGGUGUAAGUGAGCAGGUUGACUGGUAUCAGUGUACCUUUGUCAAUGUAGUGGUUUAUUUGAUUCACUGACUUCUGUGGUGAUCUGACACAGCUAAGUGACUAGGACUCAUGAUACAAGGGGGUGUAGAACAAUGGGUUCACAGUACAUUAGUGUCCCUUCCUCUGCACCAUGUUUCAAGACCCACUGCACUAGUAAUGUCUCAACAUGAUCUGAGCAGGUGGAUUUAAAAUCUUAACUUGAUUUGGGAAUCCAACAAGAUUAAAACACUGCUCAUGCAAGUCGGGGUGGCUCGGAAGUUAGCGCAGUUGCCUUCCAGCCUUGGGUGACUGUGGAGUUUGCAUCUUCUCUCCAUGUAUGGAUGGGUUUCCUUCCAGUCUAAACAUACAGGUUAAGUCAAUUCUAAAUCUUAGUCAAAAGUAAAGUUGUGUGCAUAGGAGUUUUCUUUCAAAAAGCUAACAUUUACUCCAGAUUAUUCAUUAUGAUAGCUGCUUCUGAAGACUUGAAUACAUUUAAUCCAAAGGGUUUGCAUUUCUGUGCAAGUUUGAAGUUCACUGUCUUAAUGCCACAAGGGGCAUGUCAUUGUUUAAGACAUUCCAAUUCAAAACCAGUCAACUACAUUUAAAGUGCUUCAAGUAUGGACAUAUUCCACCUCUAGUCAAGGAAAAGUAAUUUAAUAGUUACCCUUAAACUGGAACUCACUUCAUAUUGUGAUUCACACCCAGUUUUGUUCACUCAUUACAUGUUUACCAAUUCAAGUUUCCACAUUUAAGACUUCAUCCUUUGACAUCUGUUCAAUUUACAUUUGGCCUUAAAUUUUAUACUGCUUCAUCAAUGCCUGCAGUAGCUAGUCCUCAAGCUCUCCAGGUCUUUACUGA